AUGGCAUAUAAGGACCUGCCGCACCCGUUGGAUAUGAAUGACAGCACACCCGUUUCCGUGCAAGAAGCAGCCAUGAAGUUCCUCAAGUGCCUCGCGGCCGUCGCCAGCCUGUCUCUCGUGGUAAGAACGACCCUGGGACUACUUCUGCCACAGAGAGCAUCGCAUCGGGCUAGCAUUUCCAUGUCCCGUCAGACCCUCGCCCUUGUCGCCCCUCGUGCCGGAUAUCAGGUUGCGAAUCUGUCUGCAGAGUACCAGAUCACUCCUGGCGGCCUGUCCGUGGUUCUCGACGGCACUGUCCAGGAAGCUCGCGCUCAGCUCCUCAGGCUCAACCCCAACUGGGAUUCGGAUUUUCGCCGCGCGCGGGAGCUGGGCUCAUCGGCCCUCACGAAGAGGAACAUGUGGGACGGCGCCGACGUCUCCUGCGAAAACAGAUGGGGUGCAGUCCGACCCGAUGCCAUCAAGGACGGCAUCAAGUAUCUGCGCGGGGUGGAGGGCAAACAAUUCCAUGGGUCCCGGCCCAGAUCGCUGACAGCAACGACAACGAUACAGAAUCGGGAUCCCAAGAUACUGGACAGCUUCGCGGACAUCGCGGACGGAGCUGCGCGCGCCCAGGAAGUCUGCGCCGACAAGGACGAGAGGGAUGAAGAUCUGGUCAACUGGUGGGCGGGCCAGGCGUUUCAUCGAACCAACUGGAACGUCAUUGUCGCGAGAUGCUAG